AAAUGGGAGCCUCAAUGACCCUGAGAUCACAACCUGAGCCAAAAUCAGGAGUCAGACCUUUAACUGAUUGCGCCAUCCUGGUGCCCCUCUUCCUGGUUUUUGGUCAUGAAAUAUUUUAAUAUUUUUUUGUAUGACAUCACAGUGAUAGAAGAUGGUAGGAGUUUGAGUUAGUUUUGUUUUGCUUUAAUUCUUUUAAGAGUCCUUAGUUGGCAUAAGAAAUUGUUAAUUGCUAGGAUUGAUUUUGAAAUUGUGGAGUUGGAGUUUCUUUAUAGGAGCCCUGGGCGGGUAGUUGUAGAACUGUGACUCAGCGGUGACUCCCGCUCUCUGCCUCUGGGACUUCAGUUAUCUCAUCUGAAGGGUGUCCCCCGGGGCAGGUGACCAGGCAUUGAUGCACCCCCAGGGAGGCCACGCGCUCAAGGAGGCCACCCCCGCUGGCUGCUGCUCACAUGGUUUCUGGGCCUCUGGCACUCCGGUGGUACGCGUGGGCGGGGCGUGGGGACAUGGGGCCCGACAUGGAGCUGCCCAGCCACUCCAAGCAGCUCCUGCUGCAGCUGAACCAGCAGAGGACGAAGGGUUUCCUGUGUGAUGUCAUCAUCAUGGUGGAGAACUCCAUCUUCCGCGCCCACAAGAAUGUCCUGGCCGCCAGCAGCAUCUACUUCAAGUCUCUGGUCCUGCAUGACAACCUCAUCAACCUGGACACAGACAUGGUCAGCUCCACGGUGUUCCAGCAGAUUCUGGACUUCAUCUACACGGGCAAGCUGCUGCCCAGCGACCAGCCGGCUGAGCCCAACUUCAGCACUCUACUCACUGCCGCCAGCUACCUCCAGCUGCCCGAGUUGGCAGCGCUCUGCCGCCGUAAACUCAAGCGAGCCGGCAAGCCCUUCGGCUCUGGACGGGUGGGCGCCUCUGGCAUAGGAAGGCCACCCCGCAACCAGCGGCUGUCCACGGCCUCUGUCAUCCAGGCACGGUAUCCAGCGCUUGUGGACGGACGCAAGGGGGCCCACGCCCCCCAGGAGCUCCCCCAGGCCAAAGGCUCUGAUGAUGAGCUCUUCCUCGGAGGCUCCAGCCAGGAGGGUGUCCAUGGCCUGGGCCGGGCCGUCUGUUCAGCCAGCGGGGAGGCCGGCUUGGGCAGCUGCAGCACCAAUGGGAGCAGUGGGGGCUGUGAGCAGGAGCUGGGCCUGGACCUGUCCAAGAAGAGCCCACCCCUGCCCCCUGCCACCCCUGGUCCUCCCCUGACCCCUGACGACCCGGCCCAGCUGAGUGACAGUCAGCAUGGCUCGCCCCUCUCAGCCUCCGCCCCUCCUGUUGCCAAUAGUGCCUCUUACGCUGAGCUGGGGGGCACCCCUAAUGAGCCCAUGGAUCUGGAGGGGGCCGAGGACAGCCACCUGAGCCUGCUGGAGGGGCCUGGUGGGCAGCCCCGGAAGAGCCUACGGCACUCGGCCCGCAAGAAGGAGUGGACCAAGAAGGAGCCCAGGGUGGGGUCCCCCUUUGAGCGGAGGGAAGCAGGGCCCAAGGGCCCCUGCCCGGGGGAAGAGGGCGAGGGGCUAGGGGACAGGGUUCCCAAUGGCAUCCUGGCCAGCAGCGUUGGAGGGGGCGGUCCCAGUGGGCCCUACACAGAGCCCCCAUACCCCUGCAAGGAGGAGGAAGAGAACGGCAAGGAUGGGAGUGAGGACAGUGGGCAGAGCGGGAGUGAGGGGGGCAGUGGCCAUGCUGGCACGCACUACAUGUACCGGCAGGAGGGCUACGAGACCGUGUCCUAUGGGGACAACCUAUAUGUGUGCAUCCCCUGCGCCAAAGGCUUCCCCAGCUCCGAGCAGCUCAAUGCCCAUGUGGAGACACACACGGAGGAGGAGCUGUUCAUCAAGGAGGAGGGUGCCUACGAGACGGGCAGUGGGGGUGCUGAGGAGGAGGCCGAGGACCUCUCGGCACCCAGCGCGGCCUAUGCGGCCGAGCCCCGGCCCUUCAAGUGCUCGGUGUGUGAGAAGACCUACAAGGACCCGGCCACGCUGCGGCAGCACGAGAAGACGCACUGGCUGACGCGGCCCUUCCCCUGCAACAUCUGCGGCAAGAUGUUCACGCAGCGCGGCACCAUGACGCGCCACAUGCGCAGCCACCUGGGCCUCAAGCCGUUCGCCUGUGAUGAGUGCGGCAUGCGCUUCACGCGCCAGUACCGCCUCACCGAGCACAUGCGUGUGCACUCGGGUGAGAAGCCCUACGAGUGCCAGCUCUGUGGGGGCAAAUUCACCCAGCAGCGCAACCUCAUCAGCCACCUGCGCAUGCACACCUCCCCCUCCUAGAAGCCAAAGACCCUUCUCCCCGGCCUGAGGCUGCCCUCCACAGACCUGCCCUCGGGAGCCCACCGAAGGAAGGAAGACGCGUGGAGGCCGGGCGGGAGGGGCUGGGACCCCCCAAGUCCCGUGGGGAUGGCUCCUGGUGGCACCCGCAGCCAGCCCCCCCCCACACCCAGAGCUUUAAUGGACAGUCUGUACAAGGGCAGCGAGAGGAGGGAAGCCGAUGGGCCCGAGUUCCGAGUGCGCAUUGCUGGCAUGCAGUCUACCUCCCGAUUCCACCCCGGCUCCCCGGGAGGGCCGCUGCAGAGUCUGGGGGAGUGGGUCACAGGGGUCUCGCUGGGACCUGGCCCCCUUCCCGCAGGCCGGGUCCGAGCAGGGGGCCGUGGGGCCUCCCUCCGCUGGGGAGGAGCAGGGCUGUCCUGUGGCCAGGGGCGCUGUCUGUGUGCGUGCACGAGUGCUUGUCUGUGUGCGGGCCACCCUGGCUCUUUGGGGAGUGGUGCUGGAGGGAACGGGACAGAGCCCUCCUUCCUUGAGCCAGGGGUCACUGCUCACUGGCGCUGGGACAGUCAGGGGGCCCCCGCCACCUACCUCUCCACAGCUAAAGAGCCCUCUGGGCCUAUGUUGCUGUUAUUCCUACUGAUCUGUUCCUUUUUUCUUUUUGAAUUUUGUUUUUUAAACCAAAACCAACAAGAGUUUAUUUUCCUCCCGGCCCCUUGGGGCUGAGCCUGGGUCUGCAGACUGAAUGUACAGGGGCAGCUGCCCCUCCCGCCCCCUGCCCGGCUGCGGGCUGAGGGGCGCCCACCCCUCCAGGCCCCAGAAGCCCUUCUUGGCCAAAGGCUUCCCUGGGCCCCGAGCCCUGCCUCGGCUGCCUCAGGAGAGAGAGUGAUUUUCCUAUAGUUUCUGAGGAAUAUUCUUUGUUUAGAGGUACUUCUUUUUUAUUAAGAGAAAAACCAGUGUAACAUUUAUGUGAAUGUUGGAACUGGAAGGUCUGGGAUUUGUGGGGGGAGGGGGGGAGGCUGGAUUCGAUGCCAGAGCCGUCGGUACUCUUCUUUAUCAUUUUGUGUGUGUGUGUGUGUGUGUGUGUGUAUGUAUGUAUGUAUGUAGUGUGUGUGGCGCAUGUGGACAGAUAUCGAGCUUUCCUUCCUUCCUUACCGAUAAAGGUGGAGAGAUUUCUGACCUUUUGCUACCUCUUGAACCCACAAGAAGCAGUAUGUUGGUGGCUGGCAGCUGAGGCCAUGACACUUGUUUUCCUCCUGUUAGUGCGCACAGGAAGACAUGCGUUUGAGUGAGCUGGGCUUACCCUCCUGGGCACCCCCCGCCCAUCUCCACUCCCACCCCCAGCGCUCUCAGAGAAGGGCUCUGCUCCCUGGAGCAUACCACUUGCCGUGUCCACCCUGUGGGUGUUCUGAGUGUGUUGCUGUGCAUCAGGGAGCCUGUGUGUGCCCCUGAUCUGGGCCUGGGGGGCGGGGGGGAUGCUCCAGCCACGUGGGAGAGUGGGCCGUGGGCCUCACCGCUGGAGCCAGCUACUUGGAGCUCCCUUGCUGGGGCCAGGAUGAAGUGGAAGUGAGCCCCCCCAUCCUGUCCCUUGGGAGAGCAGCAGGCCAGUGCAGAGGCAUGGAGGGACACUGACCAAAGUGAUGUAAACCCCCACCCCCCACCCCAGGGGACAGGGGGGAGGCCUGCCCUGCUUUGGCACCUUCUUGGGGCGGUCCUGGCUGCUCCGGCAAGAGGCUGGAUGCCAUUAGUUGGCUAAGCCCUGUCUGGGGUCCCCACCCCUCACCCCUCAACGUGGGGUUUCUCUCUCAGCCUCAGGACCCUUCUGUGGGCCAGGGGUCAGGCUCACAAGCCAGACCAAGGUCUCUGUGGUUGGCCCCACUAUCUUUGGCUGACUGGGGCCACAUGGCUGGGCCAGCAGCUGAAUCUUCAUUUUGCUUCAUGCUUUUCUUUUCUUUCUUUCUUUUUUUUUUCCCUUUCUACUCUUAAGUUCAGACCAAAAAAUUUCCAGAGUCAUCCUUUACCCUCACCCCUCCAGAGACCCUCCAGCUGAAAACAGCCUGAGUUUAGGGACCCAGAUGGUGCAGGGUGUGUUUUGCAAGUGAGGGCUCCUGGCUGAGCCCAUCUCAAGGUGCCCCAAGCCCCAAGUUGGGUCUUACUCCCUCUGGGUGGGAAGGGAGCACUGGACCCAGGGUCUCGUGUUCCCAGAAGUCAGGUGGCGGGGUGGGCAGGGUUCUUUCCAGGUCUCUGCCCUCCCGACCCCACCUCACUCCGUCAGCACUUAAGCCACAUGACACAAAGUCUGUACAGCACGGGAGUUGUACGCAUGCCUGUGUGUGGCCUCUUGGGCCAUGGGCGGCUGCAUCUGUGAGGUGACCCGUGAGAGCAGGUGAUUGAUUUGCAGAGCUUCAGGGACUGGGCGCAAAGGCCCCUCACUCAACGACGUUCGUGCGACAUAGUAUUGUAUCCAUCUGAGUAUUGUAUCGAGCCUUUUCUGUAUUUUAACAAGAAAGCAAAACACUAGUUUCCUAUUUAAGAUUUUAAGGGUUUGUGGGGAGGGGUGGGACUGAUUAACACAACACUUGGUUUUGUUUUCUUUUUCCUUUGAUUUCAUGUGGAGUGUGUGCUUGGGAGUGUGUGCGUGGACAUGUGUUAAGAGCCUCACAAGGAAAUUAGGCCGUUGGAGGCCAAGGGCGGCUUACAGUUCUCUGCUUUAGUCACUUAAUUCCUGAAUGUUUCGGAGAAACAGGAAACAGAAAAUAGCAGAUGUCAUGUAGGAAAGAGGAUAAACAAAACAAAAAAAAAAAAAAAAAAAGAAAGAAAGAAAAAAAAAAAAGCUCAUACCCAAAUUCACAAAACCUAUUUUUUAAACCAAAGCACAUUUUGAAUGAGUAUGGAACCUCAAUGGGCUCAGAAAAAAAGAUACUAAUAUAUUUAUCUCAUUGUUUACAUAAACUUUUACAGUUUCAGACCUCAGCAGCUGUAAGGCCAGUCCCAGUGAAUCCCCACCUUCCGCUGGAGGCCCUUCUGAGUCGGCUCAUGGGCAGAGGGGCUGCUGUGGGGCUGGCGCUGGCAUGGAGCCCCCCGCCGGAUUUACCUGAGCCCUCCUCCCCAGCCCCGGGCCUCUCAAAGCCCAGCUGGCACCAAAGAGCUUGGGCCGGUGCUGACCGGUCUCCAGGCCUCCUGGCCGGACUGUGGAGGUCCUGGCCAGCUGGCAUAGCACGGGGUGGCCGUCGGCUCUGGCCUCAGGACCUGAGUCUGGGCUAGGGCCCUGGGUGGAGGGUCACCCCCCACCUCCCCCACUCUGCCUGCGACCCUCUGGGGUGGGUUGAUGUGAGGGUCCCUAUCAAGCCAAAAAGCCCCGGGACCUUUGCACAGCUCCGUGGACUCCAGUGGGUCCCCACUCCCAGGGGACACCCUACCCCCACCCAGCAGUGGGGGUGGGGGCGGGCUUACUGGGCUGGUCCUUACCAACACAGACGGUGCAAACACUCUGAACAGUGUUGUUUUUGUAUCAAUAUGUUUGUGCAGUGAUGAAUGUAUUUAUUUCUCAGACUUGGGGUGAGUGAGCGGCUGGCUCCGCCACCGCUCGCUCCUGCCAGACCGAGCCACCUCAAGGGCUCCUCCAGGAUUGCAAAAAAGGUAAAAAAGAAAAGACGAACCUUUAAGCAAAUAAGAAUCUCAGAGACUCGCAGCAUAGCCAUACACCUGUGAAAUGAACAAUCUGGAUGCAGACGGACUUUGGAACCUCACGCAGCCAUGUGUGUAUUUCCUGUUCGUCACCACUCGGGGGAGCUGGGCUGUCCCGCUGUACCCCCAUCCCCACCCUGUCAGUAUUCACUGGACUGGCCCACGUGCAGGAGUGCGAUCUGGGCUGGGCUGGCUGGUCAGGCAGACCCUACUGCCCUCCCCACAGCUGUCCUUGAAUGGGGGAGGCCUGGGCAGCCAGGAGGGCAGGGCUCAGGGAAGAGUUGGCUGCAUCCGUCCGCCCCCUAGGAAGGGGGGCAGAAGCAGAGGCACUAGGCCUCCAAAGAACAGACAAGGGAUCUAAGCCCUGCUGUGCCCCUCAAAGGGACCAAGGCCCUUGCUCUUCCCCAGAGUCACACUGGGGCAGAUGUUACUGAACCUGUGAAUCCAAUGCCAGGAGUGAUGGGGUGGAGAGGGACCUAACCGGAGCCUCAGUGUGACAUUCCAGUCGGGGGGUGGAUGUGCGCUGUGGGAAUUGAGGCUGCCCAGGACCCCCUUCCUAGGACCCCUCCCCUCCCACCCAGCUUCAGUCACCACUUUAAUUUUUCUACCGAGAACCCGUCCCCCUACCUCACCUUGCUAUUUAUUGCUGUAAUUUAUUGACCUCAAAAAUGCUGCAUAACAGACCUCACUUGGGGCAGGGAGGAUCCCCAGGGCUCCCCCCCUCCACUUGGCGGGGCCCCGUGGGGCCAGGUGCUGAGGGGAACCUCUCUGUAUCCCGCCCAUCACUUGUUUUCCCCCUUCCCCCUUGAGGGGACCCCAGGUUGGGCACCUGCCCAUUCACAAAUACCUCGAGGGGGAGGGAUGGGAUUAUAGCUGUUUUGUUUAAUCAAAACUGGAAGAGGGAUCACGACCUACUCUCUUCCCUUCCCAGAAGGGGGAGGGACACCGUGAUCGCACUCCUGUACUGGCCACCGCCGCUGUCAGUCAUCACAUCGAGCUCACUUCCUUUGAGAGUUUGGAUAAAUUCAGGUCAGAGCUGCAGGUAUGCAGCCCUCAAGUGUCAUAGAAAAGCAAUUCACCGACGACUGAUCUCUCCAUUCAGAAGCGUGCAGUCUUAAUGUACAGUGAUGAGAAACUGUUAUUUUAUGAUCUUUUCAUUAAAAGCUUGAUUGAAAACU